UUGGAGGCGGCGAAUGAAAAUAAUCGCAUGAGAGAGUGGCUUAUUUGUGAGCGAAAGAUUGCUAAGAAAAAAAUAUAUAUCCUUUUUUUUCACUUUCCCUUUUUUUUCACUUUUUUGACAAACUUUAAUGGAUCUUUUUCAUUUACUUGGUAGUGGGGCAAACUUCAACAAACAACGAUUUCAUAACGAUGUUGAAAUAUUUGAAUCAACUCCAGAUAAAGAUACAGAUGUGACUAAAGAUACGGAAGCUAGAGAUCAACUUUUAGAAGAACUUGAUUUCUUCAAGACAACUCAUACUAUAGUGGAUGGGAAAAAAUCAAAGAAAAAUAAAAUAAAAAAUAAUGAAGAAACAACAUAUACACCUUCACCAUUAACGAAAUAUGACUUUACAAACAACAAAGAAGUAGAAGAAUAUCGCAAACAUCAUCGUAUUCGAGUAUAUGGUACUGAUGUACCUGAACCUUUUCAACAUUUUGCCGAUCUAUCCAGUGGUAUAUACAAUAUGAAUCCUAAAUUAUUAAAGAACUUGUAUGAUAGUAAAUAUACUAGUCCUACUCCUAUUCAAAUGCAAGCUAUUCCUAUCAUGGUGAAAGAACGAGAUCUUAUGGCCUGUGCUCCUACUGGUUCUGGUAAAACUAUGGCUUAUUUGUUACCUAUUUUACAUGAUUUGAAAAAACAUGAAAAAGUUGGUUAUCGUGCUUUGAUCAUAGCUCCUACUCGUGAAUUAGCUCAACAGAUUGAUCGUGAAUUAUCAAGAUUAUCAACUGGAACCAAACUCAAAACUCAUUUAUUGACCAAAGCAGCAACAGCAGGAGAUAAAACUCAAUUACCUGAACAAAGACAAAAAUUUGAUAUCUUGAUUAGUACACCAAUGCGUUUGAUUUAUGCUGUUAAAGAAAAGGAAGUGGAUUUGGCUCAAGUACGACAUUUGAUAUUGGAUGAAGCUGAUAAAUUAUUGGAACUUGGAUUUUUGGAACAAACUGAUGAAAUCUUUGCUGCCUUUAGUGGAUCUCCUGUACGCAAAGCUUUAUUCAGUGCUACUUUUUCACCUACUGUGGAAGAAUUAGCUCAAUCUGUCAUGAAAAAUCCAACUCGUGUAGUCAUUGGAUCAAGAAAUGCGGCGACAGAAACUAUUAAACAACAAUUAUUAUUUACUGGGAAUGAAGCUGGAAAAAUGGUAGCAUUACGUCAAUAUGUCAGUAAAGGACUCAAACCACCAGUUUUAAUCUUUGUUCAAUCCAUUGAUCGUGCAAAAGAAUUAUUCAAGGAAUUGGUAUUUGAUGGUAUCAAUGUAGAAGUCAUUCAUUCAGAUCGUACAAAGGCUCAGCGUGAAAAUAUCAUUGAUCAAUUCCGUUUAGGAAGAAUUUGGGUAUUAAUUGCUACUGAAUUAAUGGCUCGUGGGUUGGAUUUUAAAGGUGUGAAUUUGGUGAUCAAUUAUGACUUUCCACAAAGUAUUGAAAGUUACAUUCAUCGAAUCGGUCGUACAGGUCGUGCUGGACGUCAAGGUGAAGCCAUUACGUAUUAUACAAAGGAUGAUUUUGAUUAUUUGAAAACCAUUGUCAAUGUGAUGCGAGAAUCUGGAUGUGAAGUGCCUGAUUGGAUGUUAUCAAUGAAGAAAGCAAAGUAAGUGAUGGAAAAAUGGAGAAUAAAUACAAUUUUGUAUUGAUAUACUUUUUUAUAGUAAACAACAAAGGAAAAAAUUAAGACAAGGUCGUGUUGAACGAGAAGCCAUUGAUACCACUCCAAAAUAUGAUUUGAAAAAGGCAGCCAAGUUAAAGUAAGUUGAUAUAAAUGGAAUGAAAUGGAUGAUCUUACAUAUAUAUAUUUUGUAGGGCCAUGAUUGAAGGAUCUAAACGAAGAAAAAGAAAGGCUCAAUUAGCGGAAAAGGAAAAAGCGAAAAAAUCCAAACAAGAACAAACCAACGAAUGAUUCAACAAAAUUCCCUUUUUAUUAGCAUAUAAUUAUAGAUUGGUUUUUAGAAUUGUAUAUUUGUACCAUCAUCUCCCUUCAUUUUACAACAUUUUCAUCUUUAAUAAACAUCAUUUUGAUUAUAUAUAUCUUA